GCGAGGAAAACUACACUUUCUGACUUCRCUGCUCGGUCGUCUUUGUGUUUGCCUGUAAGCUCUUCAAACAAACCCUCAGAGCAGUUUAUCACAGCCGAGGAUAGUUUGGUGCUCGCUCGGUGCUCCUCCACAAUGGAGCGGCUGUAGCUGYUACGGUACAGCGGCGGCGGGUCGCUGCGUGGCGGUUUCCGGUGUCCGUCCGUCUGCUAGAGGAUGGCGUCCAGUGCGCGCCGCAUCCCCUCCACCCCCGGUCCUCUGAGUCCUGAAAACAGCCUCGGUUGUCAAGCCCAGGACCGAAGCGGCAGCGGAAAGCGUCCGUGAUAUUUCCGAGUUUUCUCCAUAAUCUGACAGGACCUGUGUGAACACAGUUCCAACACUUCGCUCCCCUUCAGAGAAUUGGUUACUAUUUCUGCAUCUCCAUCCYUCCUCCCGUCAGAUUUGGGACUGAAAUCCUCUCUUUCUGAACACUGAGCUACCUACAUCCAAAAGGUAAUGAUGACGGAGGCAUGGCAGCAGCAGCAGCAACAUGCAGUGGCCCCACCUGCUGUUGUGCACACGCUCCCCCAAGCCACGGACAGCCCUCUGAGCUGCACAGUGUACGGCGUUGUCCUGCAGCCGGACGCCUCCCUGCAGCAGCCCCAGCUCACCCAGCAGCACGCUGUUCAAGCUCAGCAGCCCUCCUUGCAGGUAGGGGGCGAUAGAGGACACAAAUGUGGCGUCUGUGGCCUGGACCUGUCUCAUCUGGCCAACCCUCAUGAGCACCAGUGCAUGGUGACACAAGACCGUUCGUUCCAGUGCACGCAGUGCAUGAAGAUCUUCAGCCAGGCCACGGACCUGCUGGAGCAUCAGUGUGUUCAGGUGGAGCAGAAGCCUUUCGUGUGCGCCGUUUGUAAAAUGGGCUUCUCGCUGCUCACCUCCCUGGCCCAGCAUCACAACUCGCACGGAAACAAUCCAAUGAAGUGCUCCAUCUGUGAGAAAACCUACAGGCCGGGCUCUGGGAACGUCACCCCGACGUCAUCCUCUAACCCCCAGCAACCCUCCACCGGGGAGACGUCUGGAGGCGGCGCAGCGAUCAGUGCCUCGUCUCCUCCUGCGUUCGAGGCUUCUUCGCCAGAUCGGCCGUACAAGUGCUCCGUGUGCCACAAGUCCUUCCGGCACUUGUCCGAGCUGACGCGCCACGAGAGAAUACACACGGGUGAAAAGCCGUACAAGUGCGACACGUGCGACAAGAGCUUCAGCCAGUCCUCGCACCUGGCGCACCACCAGCGCACGCACAGCUCGGAGCGGCCGUACAAGUGCGCCGUGUGCGAGAAGAGCUUCAAGCACCGCUCGCACCUGGUGCGGCACAUGUACGCUCAUUCGGGCGAGCACCUGUUCAAGUGCAAUUUGUGCGAGAUGCACUUUAAAGAGUCGUCCGAGCUGCUGCACCACCAGUGCCAGCCUGAAGGGGAGAGACCUUUCCGCUGCGAAUCGUGCGGGAAGAGCUUCAAGCGGCCCUCCGAUCUACGGCAGCACGAGCGCACGCACUCCGAGGAGCGUCCGUUUCAGUGUGAGGAGUGCCAGAUGAGCUUCAAGCAGCAGUACGCGCUGGUGCGCCACCGCCGCACUCAUAAAAACCCCGCYGACCGGCCUUUUAAGUGUAACCUCUGCGAUAAGGGCUUCCUGCAGCCGUCUCAUCUGCUCUACCACCAGCAAGUUCACGGCAUGGAGAGUCUGUUUAAGUGUGCGUCCUGCCAGAAGUCUUUCAGCCAAUCGGGGGAGCUGCUGCGGCACAAAUGCGGUGGAGAGGUGGAGAAACCCUACAAGUGYGACGUGUGCGGCAAGGGCUACAAAAAGAAUUCCACGCUGCAGCGCCACCAGAGCACCCACUGCGCCGAGAAGCCGCUGAAGUGCUCCCUGUGCGACAAGCGCUUCGUGUCGUCCUCCGAGUUCGUCCAGCACCGCUGCGACCCGGCCMGGGAGAAGCCGCUCAAGUGCCCCGACUGCGAGAAGCGCUUCAGGUACUCGUCGGAGCUACAGCGCCACCGCCGGGUGCACACCGGCGAGAAGCCCUUCAAGUGCGCCAGCUGCGAGAAGAGCUUCAAGCAGCGGGAGCACCUGGCCAAGCACCAGAGCGUGCACUCGCGGGAGACGCAGUUUAAGUGCGUGUGGUGCGGCGAGCGCUUUGUGGACCUCACGGCCCUGCAGGAGCACACGGUCCAGCACACGGCUGAGGGCGAGAACUUCUCCGAAGCUCCCUGCAUCCAAUGAACUGAGCUGCUGCUCAGCACAGAGCAUCAAGGACUCUGAAGGAACCCCGUGCCAGCCUCUGCUCAGCCAGUUCAGUUACCAACACCUUCCUAUUUAUUAUGAGUCUCAUCAGUCGUAUCUCACUGGGCUGCAUUCAGGGGAGACCAGUUGGUGACUUCAGAUUGCAAGAAAACAGGAUAAGUUUUGAAAAACCACUGCUUUUUCUGUGUGCACGCCAUACCAAACUGUAUUUAAGCUGCACACUGUACUUGCUCACCCACACCAUAUCCAUCUGGGCCCACUUUGUACCCACCGUGGCAGCACGUUGAGGAUUUAAUUUCCCGCAGUACGCGUUUGAAAUCAGGAUGGUCUCAGAUCAGUUUGUUACAAAGUAUUUCUUCUUUUUUAAACUGGACAGGUUUUCUGUCAAAGGAAACUCAUGUUCAAGCAUGCACUCACACUGUCUGAGCCGCUGGCAGCAGAAUCACACAGGCCUGUGCACUUAUUGAUUUUGCUCCAAACGAUCACAAAAACAGGAUAAUCAACAACAACAAAAAAGAUUAGCAAAAAUGUUUUGACAUUUCUGCUUUUCAAGUGUGCUGAAGCCUUUGCCUCCUUUGAGCUGCUGAAGCAUCGUGUUAUCAUUUUCAGCAGCAAGUUAAAUAAGACAAGACUAGAAAACAAUGAUUUUACUCUAUAUUUCCUGUAAUACUUAUGAACUAGAGGGACUUAUAGGAUUUAAAGUGAAGCAGAUUUAUUUAACUAACAGGUGUAUUUAUUUUAUUUUUGACAAAGUAAGUUUUUCCGUUCKUAAAGGACUUACAAAUAGAUUUAUAAACAUUUUUUACUUUUAUCACUGAAUGUUCAUUUGAACUGAUUUACUGUUUGCUCUGUUGAAAUUUAUCCGUUAUGACAUUUAGGAUAUUUUGCCAUUAUGUUGACAUAUUUGAGGUAAAAAUAUGUAGUUGUAAACGUGAUAUUUAAAAAUGAAUAAUUUGGGUGGGAACAAACUGCCUUACAAUGCUGAAAGUGCACAGUAUUUCGGAUUUUAUUUAUUUGUGUUUAUUGUUUUACAACUAGCCWACAUUUAAAGAAAUAAAUGUUUUUAAGAGCAAAGUUUACCUUCAAAGCAGUUUGCUUUAAGUGCCAAAAAUAUGAAACAUUUUCCAAUUCUAAAGUGUAAUUGUUUUCAAUGAUCAUGAUUGCAAUAUUAACCAAAAUAUUAGUGAGUUUUCAUAUUUGAGCAGUAGAAAUGGAGAGAAAAAAAGCAUUUGAGAUGARUUUCAGAUGCGUUUGAUUCUCUGACAACAACAUCAAAGACUUGGAUACUGGUUUUAGAAACCUGCAGUGAGACUGGACAUGUGAGAGUAAAUUGGAUCAUUUUUUUUAACGUGUAAAAUUCAAACGACAGCCUGUGAUCCAUGAAUCGCCACUUGCAAAYGUUGAUCUCCAGCUCGUCACCAAGCAUUGCAGCCCAGUGAGACUCCAGCAUGAGGCUCAGUCCACCCCCCCUCAUUGAGUUGAAGGCACAGAGGAAUUAGAUUCCUGUUCAUUUAAGAAAAACUGACCUGAAAGAAGAACCGGUGGGAGGUGUGGGUUGUGGGAAAGUUUUUGUUCAGAGUGUGGGACCUUUAGUUUGUGAUUGCAUGUGGUUGUUUCGUGACCGUUGAUCAUGUUGAGGAAGAUCACUAGAACGUCCAGUCAUCCCAUUUUUGUGUCCUUGUGUUGGCUCCGCAUCAGUCCAUGUGCCUUUUUUUGUUUUUGUGCUUUUAUCCCUCCCCCACACCCCCUUUUUUGUUUUACCUUUUCAUUUCACCGGUCACAUAUUUCAUGUUUUUAAAUUGAAGUUCAUGUGUAGUSAAGCUGAUAGACACCUCCUGUCCACUCCAUCCAGCAGCUGGCUUUGUGCUACAGUAUCUCCUCACGUAUUAGCUCUUGGUAGUAUCAUCUGUUUGUGCAUGAAUAUUUAUAUCACCCUAAUAUCACUGUUGUAUUAUAGGAUUUGGUUUAUUUAGGAAAACAUCCUAAGAGGAAGAAGAAAAAAAAAACAUUCAAGUGGAUUUGUGAAAAUGUAUAGCCAGUGUCCGAUGAAAUGUGUGUUGUUGCAUCUUUGUAUUAAAACAAAUGAUAUCUAUCAUGUCAUACAAACACUUGACUUGUGCAAUAGAACAUGCACAGUGUAAUAUUUAUGACUACUGAUUUAUGGAAUAGUCUACUCUGUUAUAUUAUAGACUGUGUGUAUACGCUCUGAACUGUAAAGUGCUUAUGUUACCCACUUUUCUAUUCACUCUGAAUGAGCUCGCUUUAUUUCACAAGCAGCUUCCUUUCAUUUCCAGGAUUAUCACAAGCUUUGACAUGACACAACUCUAAAGCAUUAUGUUGCUCCAUUGCCACAGAGCUAGUUGCAUUAGUUAUAGAUGUUUAAAAAUAUAUUUGUUUCGUUUUUGUUUUUUAAAUAAAAAUACAUUUUUGCCUUGUAUUGUUUUCACAAGAUUUUAGCCGCCUCCUGGUCCAAACCAGACCUGAAUAAUCUAAUUAGCCUCAAAGUUGCCACUUAUGUGUUAGUUUAUACCAGAGGUAAAGACAAAAAAAGAAAGAAAGAAAUGUGUGUACUUUAGUUUACUGUGUGAAUUUUUAUAUUCUGUACAAUCUUUGCAGUAUAUUUAAAAGAAAGUUUUUGGACUGUUGCAGGGUGGGCUCUGAUUGGAUGGGGUGGGGUUGGGGCUGUGUGUGUGUGUGCCACAGUUUAAAUCCUGGUGAGUCUGCUUCAGACAGCUCCUGUCGGAGUGGGAGGAAUGUGAGUGUAUUGAAGCUAAUGAAUAUCAUUAUAGACUCCUGUUCAUACUGUAUAAUAAAAUAAACCUUACAAUAAGAACA